AUGCUUCUAUUUAAAAGAAGACAUACAACAAAAGACUACGUCUUCAAAACCUGUCUAAAUCAAAUAAAUUAUAAACAAAAAAAUGUCAUUUUGUGUAAAAUAAUUUAUAUAUUAAAUUCUAUGCACGUUGCAAUUUUUCCUAUCGCUACUUUCACUUUGUCUGCAAUGGCGAAGAGAGUUGCAGUGAUCGGGGCUGGGGCAGCCGGGCUGUGUGCCGCCCGUCACCUGAGUGCCAGCCCUGAUCUAUUUAGUGUGGUUUGUUUUGACAUGAGUUCGACAGUGGGAGGGACCUGGAAUUACACUGAUCUCACGGGAAAGGACGAGCACGAUCUCCCUGUACAGUCGUCCAUGUACAAAAAUCUCAGAACCAAUUUACCAAAAGAAGUGAUGGCCUUCCCUAACUUUCCUUUCCAAACUUCCAAGCCUUCUUACAUAGUGCACCAGGAUGUUUUAGAAUAUCUAGAGAGUUACGCAGCUCACUACAAUCUAUACAAGUACAUCAAGCUAAACACUAUGGUUACCAAUGUCCACUCCAGACCAUGUGAAGGAGAGAGGGAAUUAUGGGAUGUGUCGUACUGUCCAGUGUCUGCUCAGGACAAGAUCCUUACCCAGGAAUUUGAUGCUGUAAUGGUCUGUAAUGGUCACUAUGCUCUGCCUCUGUAUCCCACAAUUCCUGGAAUGGAGGAGUUCAAAGGUCAAGUGGUACACAGCCAUGACUACAGAAUUCCAGAAAUGUUCCGAGGAAAGAGGGUAGUGUGUCUCGGAGCAGCUGCCUCUGGACAGGACAUAGCCAUCGAUGUUUCCUCGGAAGCUAAAUUAGUGUACUUGAGCCACAACAAAGCAAGGCUUGAGACAUAUCUCCCAGAAAAUGUAAAACAGAAGCUAGGAAUCCAGGCAUUAGGACCACACUCUGUUAUAUUUUUGAAUGGAGAGGAGGCGGAGAUAGACAUCCUACUGCUUUGUACCGGAUAUCAUUAUCACUUCCCCUUCCUGUCCGAGGAUUGUCAGGUCCAGAUCUCUGAUGAGAGACUCACCCCUCUGUACAAACACUUGAUCCACAUCGAUCACCCAACAAUGGCAUUCAUUGGCAUUCCUAAGACAAUUUGUCCAUUUCCUCAGUUUGACGUACAGGUGCGAUUCUUCUUGUCGGGGCUGUCAGGGAGAUUCAGACUUCCAUCCAAGCCUGACAUGUUGUCCGACACAGAGAGGGACUUCCAAAGGAGGUUGUCUGAGGGUCUACCCCCGAGGUACGCCCAUGUCCUCGGCCCCAGGCAGUGGGAGUAUAAUGACGAGCUGGCACAGUUAGCGGACAUUGAGCUCAUCCCUAGGGUGCAUGCCAAAACCUUGGCGACUGUUGAUUUCAAAAGACAAAAGCUUCCCCCCAUACGCUCUCGAUCCUCUACCUAUUCCUGCAGUCGCCCGACCAACUCAUCCGCUGUGGAAAGGGUGAGAAAUUUCAGUUUGUCGUCCCAUGGAAUCGAGAACAAAGGGGACAGUUUCAGAGUCAUAUCUCCAAUCACUGGUUCACCUGGAAAUACAACCAAGUACCAUGAAGCCAAUCCGAAAUUUCUAAAGAAAAGACCCGCUUUUCGGAAAGAGCAGCAGUUUUACCCGACCAGCGUGACGCUGGAGGACGACAACGACGACUUCGUGAGACCCGUAUGUAACAGUAUAGGAUCUUGCAGCACGAAGGGAGGCUUCAGAAUCAAAGUCAUCGGCUACAAUUCGGUAGGGAAAUCCAUGAUGAUCAACCAGAUGACCACCUCUCAAUUUAUCGGUCUCCAAGAUAUCAAAGACAACACAAAUCUCACCAGUGUGUCGCUUUCUCUUGAUGGAGAAGAAUCCACCCUGGAGCUAGAAGAAGUCGCAAACGACAAGAUCCAUAGACACAGUGUGUUCGAUGAUGCCUUCAUCAUGAUUUACUCCAUAUCUGAUGCAGCGUCUUUUAUUUACAUCAAACGGGAGGUGUGUCGUCUGCGGGAGAAGAUAGACGUGGACCGACCGAUCAUCAUAGUGGCCAACAAGACUGACCUCAACAGAACGAGAGCGGUCACUUCCUCAGAGGGUAAAGCUGUGGCUCAUCAUUACAACUGCAAGUACGUAGAAACGUCGGUGGCAUUCCAAGUCCGAGUCGACGAACUCCUGGUGGCGUUAGUGAGACAAAUCCGGCUCACUCUUGACCCAAAGACAAUGAUUGGGAGGUCCAGCGCUGACUGGAACAGGGGGCCGAAGCACCUGCCCAGGAGGUUCAUCAAGGCGCGCACCUUGUUACAGAGACUGUUUGGUAGGAAGCCAAGAAGGUAUUUCGGUGUUUUCACCGGGUAUUUUGGUAAAUCGCGGAUGAAAAUCAUGUUCAGAAAUGCAUCAAAACACCUAGCCAGGCACAUGUUGGAAUUCUCUUCAACUACAUGUCUUAUGAGCUACAGUAGAUGCAUUCAAGUAAAGCUUUUGAACUCUAAACUAAGAGCAACCUGCUCCCCUAGGUACUUCUGCAAUGACCCUCCCAAAAAACCUCCAAAAAAAGUCAUUCAACAUGAUGAAAGGACUCGGCUUCACUUGAGUAUUGUCAAUGACCCUAAACUGACACCGCGGGUGAAGCAUUUGAUGGUCACAGCCUUGAUGGCCAAGGUCAAGUUUAUUGACGAUGAAUUAGGACAGCUUGUGUAUGCUGAUCCAUAUGGAAAAGAUGUUCUACAAUUCAUAAAGACCAGGAGACUAGUCCCCAUGCUUGGAAUACCAAUAUCGUGGGUUUUGGCCUUCCUUCUUCCUGUUAAUGUGAUUGUUCAGGUGUCCAUGGGAUUGAUUUUAUCAGUCAUCAGUAUGUUAGACUUUUACAGGGUUAUGAGAGGCAUGAGCAAGAGAAUCUUCUUUAUUUACUAUGAGCCUCAACAUGAUAUGUACACAGCUUUGACUCUGUCAGGUAUUCAAGACUUUGAUUCAAUCCAUUUCAAAGAAGAGGACUUCCAGCCUCAUGCACUUGAUGGCUUUAACAAAGUAUUGCUGCAUGGAAACAAUUACUCAGUGUUCCGGGGGAAAGAUGCAUAUUUAAAUGACGUAAUCUUUGAAACAUUGUGGAAAAUAAAACUUGAUACUGAAGAGAAAGACAAAGAAGAAAGAGUGAAAUUGAACCAAAUAUAAGUUCAUUUAAAUGAGAAAUAAAUUUUUAAAAUACUCUGAAAAGG